ACUCUCCAAUCUGUCGCCAGCUAAUCACUAGUAAAUACCGACCAAAGUAAAUAACCGCCGUCAUUUCUAGUUAAAUCGCGAAUUCAACGGCUCAGAUCUUAUCAUGUUCCCAUCCUAAAUUGAUUCGUAAUUCACAUCGUCAUCAUUAAAAAAAAAAAAAAAAUCACAAUCUAAAAAAGCAACUGUCUUUGAGUUGGAGCAAAAGUGCAUCACCAUCACUUGAAAAAUCGAUCCCGGAAAAUGGUGUACCCCCGUUCCUCACGCGCCGGCGGAGGACGAAGCAUUGGUUUCGCCAUCAGAUUGCUUGCCUCCGCCACCGCGCUUGCCGUUUUCCUCUUCCUUACCCUCUCUUUCUUCUUCACUUCUCACUCUCGCUCCCCUCAUUUCCAAACUCACUUCGGAGUCGAUUCGGGUUCUUAUGGGGUUGGAUCGAUGAGGAGAUCAGUGCUGGCGCUGAAAUCAGAUCCACUCAAGCCCCGAUUGGACCAGAUCCGGAAGCAAGCCGACGACCACCGUGCGCUGGUGCUGGCGUAUGCGUCCUAUGCGCGGAAGCUUAAGCUUGAGAACUCCAAGCUCGUGAGGAUUUUCGCGGAUCUCUCCCGGAAUUACACCGAUCUCAUCAACAAACCCUCUCAUCGUGCUCUCUUCGAGUCCGAUUCCCUCUCCAUUGACGAGUCGGUGUUGCGGCAAUUCGAGAAGGAAGUGAAAGAGCGCAUCAAAACGACUCGCCAAGUGAUCGCCGACGCUAAAGAAUCGUUUGAUAAUCAACUCAAGAUUCAGAAACUGAAGGAUACGAUUUUUGCUGUGAAUGAGCAGUUAACGAAGGCGAAGAAGCAAAGCGCGUUCACUAGUCUGAUUGCUGCGAAAUCGAUCCCCAAGAGCUUGCACUGCUUGUCAAUGAGGUUGAUGGAGGAAAGGAUCGCGCACCCGGAGAAAUAUAGCGACGAGGGGAAAUCUAUGCCUCCUGAAUUCGAGGACCCAAAGUUGUAUCAUUACGCAAUAUUCUCAGAUAAUGUGCUCGCAGCCUCGGUGGUGGUGAAUUCGGCGACCAAGAACGCCAAGGAGCCGUGGAAGCAUGUGUUCCAUGUGGUAACUGAUAAGAUGAAUCUUGGGGCAAUGCAGGUGAUGUUCAAAUUGAAGAAUUAUAAUGGAGCUCACAUUGAAGUGAAGGCUGUUGAGGAUUAUAAGUUCUUAAAUUCAUCAUAUGUUCCUGUGUUGAAGCAGCUGGAAUCAGCCCAGUUGCAGAAGUUUUACUUUGAGAACAGUUUUCAGAACUCCACUAAAGAUACAUCAAAUAUGAAGUUCAGAAACCCCAAAUAUCUGUCUAUUUUGAACCACCUGAGGUUCUAUUUGCCGGAGAUGUAUCCAAAAUUGCAUAGGAUUUUGUUCUUGGAUGAUGAUAUUGUGGUGCAAAGGGACCUGACUGGGCUUUGGAAGAUUGAUAUGGAUGGGAAAGUGAAUGGGGCAGUGGAAACUUGUUUUGGGUCGUUUCAUAGAUAUGCUCAGUACAUGAAUUUCUCACAUCCUUUAAUUAAGGAAAAGUUCAAUCCCAAGGCAUGUGCCUGGGCUUAUGGAAUGAACUUCUUUGAUUUGGAUGCUUGGAGGAGGGAGAAGUGUACAGAGGAGUAUCAUUACUGGCAGAGUAAGAAUGAAAACAGGACUUUGUGGAAAUUGGGAACAUUGCCACCGGGUUUGAUCACAUUCUACUCCACAACAAAACCUCUUGACAAGUUAUGGCAUGUUCUUGGACUUGGGUAUAACCCCAGCAUCAGCAUGGAUGAGAUACGCAAUGCUGCAGUGGUGCACUUCAACGGGAACAUGAAGCCAUGGCUCGACAUUGCCAUGAACCAGUUUAAGCCGUUAUGGACAAAGUACGUUGAUUAUGAGUUGGACUUCGUUCAGGCCUGCAAUUUCGGUCAAUAAAUUAACACAAUAGUUCCUUGCGCGUUAUUCAAGUCUUGUUUACUCAGCAUGGAGGAAACGUGUCCAAACGAACACCUUCCUACCACAGCAUGGUUUUGUUAUUCAUUUUAGAUUUUUUACUUUUGUUCAUACCAAUGUGAUGGAUAAAUUUAUUUGGUAGAUGUUGAACUCUGAAGAUUACCUUGGGUCUAAAAUUGUGACCGAUGUUUCAAGUUACUGUUAGCCUCCCUCUAUCAGUCCCUAUAAAUGCAUAUUUAGGUAUUCCUCG